AUGGCAAAUAAAACAAGUAUUUUUGAAUUACGAUCUUAUAUGUAUGAUGAUUUAAGAUCCUUAAUAAACAAAGAUAAGACAGAAUUUCUGAAAACUCUAGAAAACAAAAAAGAAACACUAGAUGACUUAAUGAAACUUUUAGAAAAGAAAUUAACAACUGAACUUAAAUGUAGAACUGAGUAUCUAUUUUUAGAAAAGUAUCUGGAAGUUAAAAGAGUACCUAGAGGUCUUAGAAUAAAAAAGGAGUGCUCUUUUAAAGUUGAAGAUGAGGAAUUUAAAAGAAAAUGGAGGGAGAUUUUGGAGGAUGCCUCCAUGAAACUAAUGAAACUAAUCAAAGACCAUAGGGGUGACAUCCUAAUAAGUCUAGGGAAUGAAAUUAAUGACAUAGAAUCAAAACUAAGUGAUUAUAAAGACUCAUUAGAGUAUAAAAACAGUGAGAAAAGAAUCAAAGAUAAUAUGGAAGAAUUAAAAAGCUACCUCCUAAAAAUAAAAAUGGACAAAUUUGAAAGAGAUGAUCAGGAUUACAAACAUUUUGAGGAAGGGAACUAUGCUGAUACCUAUACAACACACAGGUGGCGUCAUAAUAGAUUUAGGAAUAAUACACAACACCCACAAGAAAAGACUGAGAGAAGUACAAAUGAAAAUAGAAAUGUAGUACAACAAGAAAAUAGAGUAAAGACCAGCUAUAACAAUUAUAGAUCUGAAUGGAAUGGUGUUAGACAUAAUUAUCAAAGAAACCCAUAUAAUGAAACCUCCAAUAAUAGAGAAAAUAGACCAUUCUUCCAAAAUGUAAGAAGACAAUACUAUGAAGGAAAUAGACUGAAUUCCCAUAACUCACAAAGAGAGGGUGAUAAAAGGCGGAAUAAUGGAAAUAAGAAUUUUAAUGAAAAUUGGAAUCAUGAUAGGAAUUAUGAUAGGGAUUAUGAUUGGAGAAAUCAUAAUACGGAGGGAUCAGAGAUAAUAAGAGAGAAUAAUGUUCCCUUAUAUAAUAGAUUUGCUCCUUUGGAAAGAGAGCAAGAUAUGGUAGAUAACCAUGGCUCACAGACCGAAAGACAUACACAAAGUUAUGCCAAUCCCUCAACAGCUACUAAUCAUCAUUUUUUAGGGAGAGGACAGAACACGUACAACGAACCAGUGUUAGAAGCAAAGGAACAAAGAUUAGGUCAAAGAAAAAGAAAUCACUCAGGAGGAGAGGAAAACGGGGAAGAGGCCUACAGAAAGCCAACAGACAAAAGAAAGAAGUGA